GCGAACACGAUACAUUUCACCUGGACGUGCCCUUCUCACGUGGUUUACCAUCCGGCCCACAUACAGUCUUACAGACCAGCACCAAUAUAUCGCCAUUUUUUUUUUUUCUUUUUCGGCCUUAUCCACUGCCAUGGGUCUGUUUUUUUCAACUCAUCAUCAUCACAUCUUUCUGAGAUUCAAGAUAUUUUUCACAAGACCAGCAAAUUAAGCGAGAGAGAGAGAAGGAGAGAGAAAUGGCGACUGAUACGGCGGUGUUGCAGCAUGCAGAAGUCGGUAAUGGCUGCUGCAAGAAGGGACCAGGAUACCCUACUCCCCUGGAUGCAAUGUCCGGCCCCAGAGAAACUCUUAUCUAUGUCACUUGUGUUUACACAGGAACAGGAAAGGAGAAGCCAGAUUACCUAGCCACAGUGGAUGUUGAUCCAAGUUCACCAUCGUAUUGUAAAAUCCUGCACAGGCUGCCCAUGCCUUAUGUUGGUGACGAGCUCCACCAUUCUGGAUGGAAUUCCUGCAGUUCUUGCCAUGGUGAUCCUUCAGCGUCACGCAGAUUUCUUGUACUUCCUUCACUUGUGUCUGGUCGAAUAUAUGCAAUCGAUACUCGGAAAGACCCAAAGGCUCCAAGUUUGCACAAAGUUGUUGAGCCAAAAGACAUAAUACAGAAAACAGGAUUGGCUUACCCACACACUGCUCACUGCCUUGCUUCUGGUGAUAUCAUGGUGUCGUGUCUUGGAGACAAAGAUGGGAAUGCUCAAGGAAAUGGAUUUCUUCUGCUGGACUCUGAUUUCAACGUCAAAGGAAGGUGGGAAAAACCAGGCCACACCCCACUAUUUGGGUACGAUUUCUGGUACCAACCUCGGCAUAAGACAAUGAUCAGCAGCUCCUGGGGCGCCCCUUCUGCCUUCACCAAAGGUUUUGAUCUUAAGCAUGUCUCAGAUGGUCUUUACGGGAGACAUCUGCAUGUGUACAGCUGGCCUGAGGGCGAGUUGAAACAGACUUUGGAUCUUGGAAGUACUGGUCUGUUACCUUUGGAGAUAAGGUUCUUGCAUGACCCUGACAAGGAUACUGGAUUUGUGGGGUGUGCUUUAACAAGCAACAUGGUAAGAUUCUUCAAGAGGCCUGACGGGUCAUGGGACCAUGAGUUAUCAGCAUCGGUGAAGCCAGUUAAAGUGCAGAAUUGGAUUCUUCCCGAGAUGCCUGGUCUCAUAACUGAUUUCUUGAUAUCUCUCGAUGACCGUUUUCUGUAUUUGUCCAACUGGCUUCAUGGUGAUAUUAGACAAUACAACAUUGAGGAUCCUGCAAAUCCUCGGCUGACUGGCCAGGUAUGGGUGGGAGGUUCCAUUCGAAAAGGAGGCAACGUGACAGCUGUUGCUGAUGAUGGUACAACAUACCAGGUUGACGUGCCCGAUAUUCAGGGACAUAAAAUCCGAGGGGGACCUCAGAUGAUACAGCUGAGUUUGGAUGGAAAGCGACUGUAUGUGACGAACUCUCUGUUCAGCACUUGGGAUCGUCAGUUUUACCCUGAACUCGUGGAGAAAGGCAGCCAUAUCCUGCAGAUUGAUGUUGAUACUGAGAAGGGUGGUCUGGCAAUCAACCCGAAUUUCUUUGUGGAUUUUGGUUCUGAACCAAACGGCCCCUCGUUGGCUCAUGAGAUGAGAUAUCCGGGUGGAGACUGCACCUCUGACAUCUGGAUUUGAAUCGAAUGUCUUUUCAUUGUUGAAUGCUUUUUAUAUACCCUUGUGGGUAAUAAUGCUGUUCAGAAUAAAAUUUGGCCUGUGAGGAGAUUUGAGAAAUAAAUAGCUUUGAGGGACUUGGAAUUCACAUAUCUUUGUUGAUUUGAGCCAUUAUCCUCUUGGUUGUCAACCUUUGGCAUUGUUCUUCAGUUUGUUGAAACUUGUUUUCUGUACGUUGCAAGCACAGAUUCUUUAAUGAAUUUGACAAUGUCUUCUAUCAAAUAUA